ACCUGACAAAGCAGGCGGACCUGGAGGCGGAGAAGGCAUUGCAGACGGAGGUGAUGGCACAAAUGGAGGUGACAAUAUUAGUGAGCUUGACACGGGAGCGAAUCCGGGUGAGAGUGAUACCUCGAAGAAGGAAACCGCCAAAAAUGCCCAACUCGCUACAGAGGUGGUCCAAGCCCUAUCCACUUUUAUGUUAGGUGGGGGUGGCAAGGUCGGAAAAACUCUACUCACAAACGCUGCCCUAGCGAUGAACCCAAGUGCGGACCUAAAAGACGCGGACGGCCCCUACAAUUAUGGUCUCAGCAGCUUCUGUAUCAGGAGACUACAACAUCAACUUAGUAACUACUAUGAAGAUCAUGGAGAUGAUGGAUUCAACUUCUUGUUCUCUUAUAUCCAUUUUGGCUCAAGGAGUUGGAAUAUGCAGUAAGCUUCUCAACUCGUUCAACAAGAUCGUCUAAGUCAAUGCUUUACACUCUUUGGCUAAAACAAGUGUUACAACUCCUAGAACAAGCACACUCCCACUCCCACUCCCUCACCAGUCACCACGACUGACCACGACUCUAAUACCAGAUUAUUACGGUCCUUAUGACGUCCGCGCAGAAGAGUUUCAAGGACAAUAAGUCCGGAUCCACGUUUCUGGAUAAGAUGCGGAUCAUUUCCAUGGAUUACCUGCUGAGUCAACUUACGAGCGGCAACGUGGACGAGCUGCGCAAAAUUUUCAAGGCGUUGAUGGAUUAUCUCGUGACCUAUUUUUCCAGCGAGGCGCCAGAUGUAAGGCUUCUACAAUACAAUUAAGUAUACAACUCUAAGUAAAAGAAAGGCCAGUACAAUACUGGAAUUCGAAGUAAUUCCACAAUACAACAAUAAUAAUGUAAUUCUACUAAGUAAUUCCUUUCUUCCAGACCAGGCCGCUAAAAUUAUACAAUUCUAAGUAAUUCCUUUCUUCCUGAGGAACAAAGAGUCAUUUCGAAUUUCUUCUCCCUGUUUCCUUCUACUUAGGAUUGGGGUUCAAAAUGAAUGGGUUUGAGCUCUAACAGAUGUUGCCGCAAAGACGUCUUUUCUGCAGGUCCUUGGAAAAAAUCUUCCACGAGAACGAAAUGAAGAGACUACACCUUCACGAACACCUGAAGAUGAAGGAACUACACCCUCAAGGGAAGAAGGGACAGUUUGGACGUCUGUCUUGCAGGUCGGACGAAGCAGGGGAGGGCCAUUGGGCAACUUUGAGGCACGCGUUGUAAGACCCGAAAAUGGCGGUGGGCCGAAAUUUACUGGAGGUUUCAGUAUGACACGAUCGCUUUCAGAAGCCAUCGAAGAUUAAGGCUUAAUACAUCGAUUCACUUCAACGGGUACAUUCUCUGCUACUUUAAGUAGAUACAUUAACUUACUUAGAGUGAGUGUGAGGACCAGGACUCAUAUCCCUCUUCUUGGGAAGAUUCAUAGUGAAGAAAAAAAUGAAGGCAAGAAAUGUACUGAAAUGAAAAUUUAGAAGCUCUCUAUACCCGCCUACGCAUAUGAAUCUUUUUUAAUAUUUGGGACAACUAGGGCAACUCUCUAUGCCCUAGAUAUAGCUCUAAUAAGAGUUCACGGGGAAGAAGGACAAGCCUCUUCUUCAGUGGCUGAUCGAGUGGUCGGAAGAAUUCUGUGAAUAUGAGGAAAACAGUAACGACGCGGGCAAAGAUGCGGCUUUCCAAGAGAAGGUGCAGAAUCAAAUUUUAAGGGUCGCCUGAACUACUAAAUGGCCUCUAGAAGUUUUUACCUAUAAUUUUGUACCUUCACUUUCUGUUUUUUCGGUUUUUUCCUAGCUAGGUUCUUGGCUCCACGACCACGAAGAAAGAUCGGGACGUACUAGAUGUACUCAAAUCGAAGUGUAGUAAGGAUCCAUCUCUUAGAUGACGGGUAUUAGGCUUCACUUAACGUUCUAAAAAUUGAGGCCUUUGUUGGAAACAAAAAGUUUGAGAAGAUGAAGAAGACGUUCAAGGACUUCGUAAAUGACGCGAAAUCUUGGUCGGCACUGAAGCAGGUGUGGUUUUUUCACGGUGGCAGAGACCUCUUCUGCACGCACACACUUCCGCAUGCAGGCGCGGCGUCCUUCAUUGCUCUGCGUGGCUCGAUGUGGGUGACGGCAAGUAGUGGUCUAGAAUCUAACAAACUUGAUACACCCUCAGGAACAACAAGGAGCUCAAGGUCAACAUCCUUUCUGCAAGCUGGUCGUGGGCCCAAGCCGAAGCAUCCGGCGGAUGAUGCGGGUUCCGCUUCUCUCGGUGACGAUCCUAAUUCGUUCGCAAGUGCGCUGACGGAGACGCAGGCUACGCUUGCCGCUGCGAGAAACUGGUGGGAUAAAAUUAAGGCUACAAGAACAAGAAAUCUUCCAUCUUGCAUCUUGUCCAGCACAGCACUCACUCUGGUCGUCCUCCCAUCUUUUUUUUUUUUAUCUGGGAAGGAACCAGGAGCAUCCUCGCUGCUGAAGAAGGAUUUCUCUUACUUCUAAUAGAAGCAGCGACAAGCAGAGGAAGGAAAUGGCGCAAAAUCUCAACACACUUUUGUUGGGAACGAGGAGUGCUGGGCAGGCCACGUUUGGCGAAAAGGAUUUCGACAGCAACAUCAAGUUGAUCGCCAACAAGGUGAAGAACAUGGAGCCAACGAAAAUUUAUGGCUUGUUUAUAUUUUAUCGUGAAGAUUCUGAUUCAGCAUGGAAUCCAACAAGUAGAAGCGCAGGUCCAACAGUCUUGUUUUUCUUCUGUUCAUCCGCCAUUCUUGAUUGGACGAUUUAAUAUUAUGAAAAAAUGAGAUCCAUAAGAUUACUAGCUCGCACUACAAAAUAACUGAAAACGAAAAGACCUGCGGAAAUGAAUCAAUUACUCUUGUUGUUUAUUCUUGACUUUCUCUUCUAAUAUCGGAAAGUCAUUCACAUGCUAUCGAGGGGACUGGAAGCCGCGCGUGGGGACAACUUUGUCACCAUGGCUCAGGAAUUCCUGAAUGCACUUGCUGAAGCAUAUACUGGCUCCUCUACCUCCUCGAACGAUUAAGGCUUGAGAAAAUCCAUCUGUCCCAGCAUCUUGCCCUCAUUUUCUUUGAAGGGGAAAAGGGCACCAAGAUGCUGACCAUGAUGGAUUUAGGCAAGGUCUAAAAUGAGCCCCAUGUGUCUGUUGGCAUGGACGGGAAGCCACUGCCCAUCAUUUUCACACCUGGAGUGAGUAGAGACGGACGCUUCUACCUAUUUGGGCAUCUGGCUAAUGGUGGAGGAGUGAACGCGAAGCCGCUUUUCGAUCUACAAAUGGAUAUCAGAGUCGGGGACGGAGGCCAAGGCAGCAUCUGGAACACGUUCAAAAUGCUCACACAUCAAGACGACCAGGGCGGCGCGGCUAAGUUCGAUCUGUUGGAGUUUUUGGCUUUCUUCGCGAAGAAAAUUUGCGUUUUGAGAAAUCUAGAAGCGGCAGUGCCAAAAAGCUUUGCGCUGGAACAUUACGACUCCAAUCCGUAUCUGGAGUCGCGUAGCGUGGCCUACCUGGAAAACCAGAACAAGAAAGGAAACUUAUGGCUUAUAACUUUAAACUUUUUAGAAAGCAUCUUUGUACCCUGACGCACGUCUUUUCUUACAAGUUGAACGCUCUUGGUCUUCUGUGUGGUCUUAUCGGUUUUGUUUUUGAUAGAUGAUAAUGGUUGAAGGAGGUGGCGCUGAUUGAAGAAGACACUGAAGAGAAGGAUGAGAGGAGAAAGAAGGACGUAACACAAGUCUCGACGAAAUGUACCCUGAGGACACUAGCUGAGUUCAGGAUAGAGAUCCUUGGCACAACGUCGAUGCUAGAAGCUCCUAAAAAAGUAGGUUCUCGAUGGCCUCUCUAUUUUCCAUUGUGGAAAAAGAGGAGACCAUAUCAGGGAAGAUGUCUGCUAUUAGUACUACUAGCAAAAAAUUUCAAGUGAGGAAGAGGAAUAUACUGAACUAUUUGUACGAUACUAUGAUGUAAUGGUAGUUGUAGCUCUAAGAAGCGGCGCUUUUUCGAAGCAAAAGGGUGUAGACGCGGAUACACUCAGAAAGCAGUUCCGCGCGCUCCUUACAUCCUUCUUCGGCCAUCCUGAGGCUGGUUCGGCCUCCCAGCGGUACAAAAUGACCAUGAAGCGAUACAUCACAGACAAUAGGUUGUGGAACAUGGUCAACAAGAUGAUCGAAGAGCGCGGCAUUCUUGGCUUGCUUUGCAAGAAACCGAGCUCGGGCACCGGCAGAGUAUCAUUUUUACAACAGCAGCGACAACAACGGGAUGUACAUCUAGUACCUGACGCACCACCAGGAGGACCACCAGCCACGACCUCCACAGGCAACAUCGUGGCGCAGGUUGUACUAGCUGGAGAAGCUCGGUCCUCUCUAGCUGCAGUAGGCAAUGGGGUCGGACGAGAGAACAAGGAAGACGAGCAAAGCUACCAAGAGACACAGCAUGAUCUUCGAAACCCUGAUGUCGUCCAGCCACAGGCCGCUCGCAUGGCAGAGGAUGACGAUUUGCUCAUCUGAGAAGGUGAUUAGAGUGCACUCGUCCGGGAGGCCUUUCCGGCAGUGCGAGUAUUUUUAAGUGGCAAUAGUAGAAGUCGUCUUAGAAGGAAUUGCAAUCACUAAUGAUGACGUUCUGGAUCGUAGCACAUUACGAGCACUAAUGAUGGCGUUCUGGAUCGUACGACAACUAGAUGAAUGGUUUUCAGAAUCAAUCACUAGUGAUUAUUUUUCACUCGUCGUGAACUUUUGUUACUUAGAAAUAUUUCAUCAGGAUGAAAUUGAAAAUUUGUCAGUGACUGUGACAGGGAGGAGACUUGGCAUUUUUUCAGGGAUGAAUAUGUUUUCAAGUUGUUGAGUUGGUACCGAUUGAUUUUCAGAUGAUGUACAUAAGUACUUAGAUUUCAUAGGAGCUAGCACCAGCCAGGAUGACGAUGAUGAACUAGCAUCUACAAAUGCAUAUGGUAUUUUCAAAUAUGAAUAUAUUAUUGAAUCAAAAAAUGCUGUUCCGGAAUUUAAUUCAGUGCAAGCCAUAGUCGUGAUAAGCAAAAUUUAUUCUCAAUCCAUAUAAGCAACAAGAAAUACAAACAAGUAGAACAAGCAGUAUUAUAAUUAUGAGCCAUAGUACAUAAACAUAUUUACACUUACUUGUAGACGAGUUGGAUCGCAUUAAUCAUUAUUAUCGUACUUUUUACAUCACUUCUUACUAGAUCUAAUAAAUGUAGUAAUUGAAAAGAGAAAAAUAGAACUUCUAGAAAAAGCAUUGAUAUUUUUACUAGAGCACGCAGGCAUCUCCUAUUUGAAUUUGAAUUGAACUACAAAUCAAUGAAAUUGAGUUUGGUCGUAAAGGCACAAGGAAACAAGCCAUCACGGAGAUAAUCAAAAUGAUAAUGUAAAUAAUCGUGUACAUCUAAAUGUAAUACAAAUUGUUGGGAAGGGACUUGCACAAAUGUAGACACAUGAAAAAUUG